AUGCUAAACCCCAAGAAGUGCAUUUUUGGGGUCACUUCGGAAAAAUUUUUGGGGUACCUCGUCUCAAGACGGGGUAUAGAGGCAAAUCCUGAUAAGGUGCAGGCCAUUCAGGAGAUGUCCCCACCUCGGUGUAUCCGUGAUGUACAAAGGCUCACGGGACGACUGGCAGCUCUGAACCGAUUCUUGUCGCAGUCGGCAGCCAAGGCACUGCCCUUUUUCAAGAUUCUGAAGAAAGCUGACAAUUUUUCCUGGACCGAAGAGUGUCAGCAGGCAUUUGAGCAGCUCAAGAACUACCUUCACCACCUCCCAACGCUCACCUCGCCUCGGCCCGGGGACAAGUUGGUAUUGUACCUCUCUGCCGCGGUCGAGGCCGUGAGCGCCGUGCUCAUAAGGGAGGAAGGGGUACAAAUGCUCGUCUACUAUGUAAGCCGGGUCCUCCGAGGUCCCGAGACCAAGUACACCCUAGUCGAGAAGCUUGUGCUGGCCUUGAUUCAUGCAGCCCGCAGGCUCAAACCUUAUUUCUUGGCUCAUCACAUUUGCCUGAGGACUAAUCAGCCACUCCGGCAAAUCUUGACCCGGCCAGAGGCUUCGGGACGCCUCACGAAAUGGGCUAUCGAGUUAGGAGAGUACGACCUAUCAUAUGAGCCCCGCACAGCCAUCAAGGCCCAGGCCCUUGCGAAUUUCUUAGCCGAGCUCACAUUUGAUGAGGUGAAGGAGCCCACCCCAGCUACCACCCCGGUCACCGCUGACCCUCAGCGGUGGAUUCUGCAUGUGGAUGACUCAUCUAACAGCCAGGGUAGUGGAGCAGGAUUGCUCCUCGAAGACCCCCAAGGAGAGGCGUGCUCAUACGCACUGAGAUUUAAUUUCGCUGCUUCUAACAAUGAGGCCGAAUAUGAAGCAGUCAUUGCCGGCCUGCAACUAGCCCGUAAGCUUGGAGUUGCUCACAUCUUGGUCUACAGUGACUCCCAGCUCGUCGUGUGCCAAGUACUGGGAGAAUACGAGGCCAGGGAAGAGGUGAUGCAUCGUUACCUCUCUAAAGUCCUCCAGCUGGUGGCACACUUCGAGUCCUUCAAAAUCCAAAGGAUACCGCGGUCCCAAAACAGGAGGGCUGAUGCCCUCUCCCGGCUCGCUUCCACUUCCUUUUCUGACCUGAACAAAACGGUCCUUGUAGAAGUAUUAGCCGAGUCAGGGUACGAAGAAGAGGUCGUGUAUCUCGUCUACCCUGGAGACACCUGGAUGGGACCUCUGAUCCGAUUCCUCAGCCGGGGAGAGCUCCCCGAGGACCGAGUUGAGUCGAGAAAGCUACAACGUAAGGCAGCUCGGUACGCUAUCCGGCAAAAUCUCCCAUACAAAAGAUCUUACCUCGGCCCAUGGCUGCGGUGUAUCACGCCGGAAGAGGGGGAGAGGAUCCUUCAAGACAUACAUGAGGGACUCUGUGGUGCUCACGUCGGCUAUAGAAUGCUCGUUAAGAAAGCUUUAUUGCUCGGGUAUUUCUGGCCCACCAUGAGGGUGGAUGCUCAGGUCAUGGUCCUUAGUUGCCCCUCUUGCCAGCAUCAUGCCCCUGAGCACCACCAGCCGACCAACCUCAUGAUCCCUAUCACCUCGCCAUGGCCAUUCGAACAAUGGGGAACUGACAUCAUUGGUCCAUUUCCUAGGACCCCAGGCAAUCAUGCCUACGUGGUGGUAGCAGUGGACUAUUUCACCAAAUGGGUCGAAACCGAGCCCCUGAGGACCAUAACCGGUUCGGCAGUCCAGAAAUUCUUCUGGAAGAACGUGGUUUGUCGCUUCGGCCUACCCCGUGUGGUCAUCUCGGAUAACGGCCGACAGUUCGCCGACAAUCCCUUUAAGGUGUGGUGCGAAAAGUUGGGGAUCAAGCAGUAUUUCACUUCGGUUGGACACCCUCGGGCAAAUGGACAGGCUGAAAACUUCGACUGCACCCUACUCCAUGGCCUCAAAACCAGGCUGCACCGAGCUGGGUCAUCAUGGAUGGAAGAACUGCCUAGUGUUCUGUGA